CUUCGCGCUGGGCGGACGUCCUGUAAGACCAGGCGAUUUUUCGCUUCAAACUUCAUUUUGAAACACGCGAUGAAAUUAUAUUAAAAAAUAAGUUGAUAUGGAUUAAAUUAAUGGACAUUUCCUAUCUUUGUUGUGAUGUGUGACGUUAUAAAACCUGUGUAAUUGGUUUUACGGAAUGUGAGAGGAGUACAUAAUAUAGUUUUUCAAUGCGGGGAAAAUACACGAGGAAUUUCCUUGUAUAGAGCCUGCUCGGCGCGGGUAGGAUGCGGCGGCAUGAACCGCAUCGUGCUGCUCAUGGCGGUGCUCACCAGGGCCAUCGCUCCACAAAACGUCACAGAAACCCAUGGCACUGAACCCACCAGCCCAAUGACAGAAAGCAGCACCCCCCCUCCGACAGUCUUCAGAAACAUGAGGGUCACCAGUAGACCAAGGAGACCUUUGAAGAAGGGCGACUCUCCUAUGUUGAACUACAUCUUUGAUUCGUAUGCGACGAGCAACAUGCAUUUUCAUGAUAAAUUUAAGGCACCUUCGUUUGAGGGUACCACAGAAGAUACCAUACUCAAUGCAGAUACAGGAUCAACAGUUGUGUUCGACUGUCGCGUUACUUCCCUUAGAGAUAAGACAGUGUCCUGGAUUCGUGUCUUGGACAACGACAAUUUAGAACUGCUAACUUUAGAUUUAGAGACACAUACAGCGGAUUCUAGGUACAGAAUGGACUUAGCAGACGAGAAUUGGAAGUUAUCGCUUAUUAACGCCAAAGUAAUGGAUUCCGGGGUUUAUUGCUGUCACGUUUCCACCCAUCCACCGAUGUUAAGGAGAUUUAAACUGAUAGUGCAUCCUCCAGAAAUAAGAAUGAGCAAAGAGGCUUUCCUUGAAACCGGUGAGACGUUGUCAUUAAAAUGCGCCGUACUGCAUUUAUUCCCUGGUCAGGCUGCGCCGGAGUUGCAUUGGUACAGAGGGAACAGUACCACCUCCUUGGAUGAGGUUCGAGGGGGUGUUCUUGUGGAAACUGACCAUAUGACCAUGACGAGUCAUUUGCAGGUGGCGCGGCUGAAAGUUGAUGAUGCCGGCAACUACACGUGUGCCUUAGAAGCGCCCAUACGUAUGAGGGCUGUAACCAGAGUGCAUGUCUUACAAGGAUCAAGCCUAGCUGAGCUGCAGAGUGGAGUGAAGACCACGACGAGUUACAUGAACCUACUUCUGGCGUGUGUGAUUUUAAUACUUGGAACGGAAUACGAUGUGAGGUGACCUAAUUAAAUCGAGGUUAGAUAUUGAACUAAUUAACUUUUGUGGCUUUACCCGUUACGUUGUAUAUACAAUUGAGAGAUGAAUUGUACAUUAAAGUCACUGAACAAAUCAUACUGUAUAUCUUCUUUGUUUUUAAUGUUGAUUUACUAGAGUUAUGAAUGUGUUAAAAAAGAAUAGGACCACUCCAUCUCUUUCCCAUGGAUGUCGUAAAAGGCGACUAAGGGAUAGGCUUAUAAACUUAGGAUUCCUCUUUUAGGCGAUGGGCCAGCAACCUGUCACUAUUUGAAUCUCGGUUCUAUCAUUAAGCCAAAUAGCUGAACGUGGCCAUUCAGUCUUUUCAAGACUGUUGGCUCUGUCUACCCCGCAAGGGAUAUAGACGUGAUCAUAUGUAUGUAUGUAUGUAUGUAUGAAUGUGUUUGAAGCGAAAUAAAUG